UCCUCGGUGUUUUUUCUUCUCUGGCUACACCCCAGAUUUAUUUAUUUAUUUAUUUAUUAUUAUUUUGGUAGGAUAAUGGGACGGACUAUAGUUAGACCGUUAGUGACGGGUGUAAUAGAUCUCAGGCUACGCCAUUGGAGCUGAUUAUAUUUAGAUUGCCGGAAUAUUUAUAAUUUUAUAUGAUACAUUGUCGUAACCUAAUCUGUGGCGUUAGUGUAGCAAACCGUUUGUCGCUAAUGCUUAAUAGACUGUUUUUUACGCUACACGUUAAAUCCAAUGAAUACUUCUGGAACCAGUCAACAUAGUUUGCAAACGUUUAGCGAAAAACGGCUGCUUGAACUUUGGCCUUGUUUUGCAAGAGUUGAACAAGAGAUCUACACAUGGGAACUUCGAAAAAGGAUGUGACGCCUCACGAUGUUAAGAUAAAAAUUAAAGAUUACAGUAAGAGGUCAUGUACAGACAUCAUUUGUCUUGUCUUGUUCCUUGCCUUUGUGAUAGCAAUGGUAGGCUGUUCCAUUAUUGGCUAUAUACAUGGGAACCCUCACAAAUUACUCCUUCCUACAGACUCUCAAGGAAACAUAUGUGGUGAAGGGAAAUUCUCUGAUAGGCCGUACCUGGUGUAUUUUGAUUUGCUUCAAUGUAGUGUGAUGGGUUUGAAGGUUAUUAAAACAGGCUGUCCAACACCACAAGUGUGUGUGAAAGAAUGUCCCACUACAAAUUACGCUUUUGCAGAAACCAUAACAUUAGAACUCAAUGCUGGACGUAGGCUUAUAGAUCAAAGGAAGAAAAUGCUGUGUAAAUAUCAUAUCAAUCCUUUAACAACAGAACUUGAUAUUGCGCAACUGGUUUCGAAAGAAGAAUGUGCUGCCUACUAUGUGAAAACAACUCCAGUGGUUGGCAGAUGUAUUCCAGCCAUUUUUCUGGAUGUUGCUGAUGCCUUUGAAAAACUUGUUACAGACGGAAAGUUUACCAUUAAACAGGCAGAUGGUACAGAAAUAACAUUGUUUGAUCUUGACAAGAGUAGCGGAUUUCUGGGCAAACACAUGUACGCCAACUACUUUCAAAGUGUAUUUGUAGUUUUUAAAGAUCUUGCGCAAUCAUGGAGGUUCAUGGCUGUAGGUACUGCGCUGAUAGUGUUACUCUCAGUGAUCUGGAUUGUGCUCAUACGAUGGAUUGCUGGAAUCCUUGUCUGGAUCAGCAUCCUUGGCUUGUUUGCAGCUGGUGGUGUUGGUAUAUAUCAUUCAUUUACAAAGUACAUGAAGCUAAAGGAUGUUACUGUUACUGUAGCCUUUGGAAUAUCGGAGAGUUUCUCUAAUAACUGGGAUUUUGUUAUUUCAUCAGAGUACACUUGGCUAACUUUUGGCAUUCUUGUGAUCUUGUUACUGGUUAUCUUGUUGCUGGUUGUAUUGUGUACAUGUUCUAAGAUUCAGCUGGCAGUUGCACUCAUCAAAGAAUGCAGCAGAGCUAUGGGACACAUGUUCUCUAUACUUGCCUGGCCGUUGAUUCCAUUUGUAAUGUUAAUAGCAUUUUGUGUUUACUGGCUUGCAAGUUUUAUCUUUAUUAGUACAAUAAGCCGACCUGAGUACUACAAAACCAUCAACAGAACCAUCAACAGAACCAUCAACAGAACAAAAGACGAUUUCACCUAUAUAUUGGACAGAAUACCAUGCAAAGAAAAUGACCUCUCCGAAGAAAAUAAAAUUUGUGAAUUUGUUAAAUAUGGAGGAAAAGAGUAUGUGACGUACAUGCAAGUGUUCAUGUGUGUCAUGUUGUUCUGGAUCAUCAACUUUAUUAUUGCUCUGAAUGAAGUGGUUGUGUCAGGUUCUUUUUCCUCCUACUACUGGGCAUUUCACAAGCCUAAAGAUAUACCAAACUUUCCUGUUGCAGCAUCCUGUUGGCGUGCAUUUCGGUACCAUGUGGGAUCAAUUGCAUUUGGCUCAUUGAUUAUUACACUUGUUCAGCUCAUUCGAGUUUUACUAGAAACAGUUGAAAGUCGACUGAAGAAUGCAAAAAAUGCAGCUGCAAAAUUAGUUAUGAAAUGUUUCAAAUGGUGUUUUUGGUGCUUGGAGAAAGUUCUGAAGCAAUUGUCCAGUACAGCAUAUGUUAUGAUAGCGAUGCAUGGAACAAACUUUUGUGUGUCUGCAAAAGAUGGCUUAAAACUUCGUUUAACUAAUGUUGUUAGUUCUGUUGUGGUGGAAAGCAUAUCCAAGUUCAUGAUCUUCAUAUGUAAAAUGUUACCGACUGUUAUUAUGUAUUUUGUUUCAUCAGCGUGGUUUCAAGGAAACAUUCCAGUAUUCAAAGCAGAUGUUCCAGUUCUCAACAACUACUUAAACCCAGUCAUAUGUUUGACGAUUACUUCAUACAUUAUAGUAUCUAUUUUCCUGAACGAAUAUGGCAUGGGAGUGAGCACCCUUCUUUUGUGUUUCUUGAAGGAUAAGGAGAUAAAUGACGGAAGCAAAGAUAAACCAUACUACAUGACUAAAACACUCCAAGAGCAUUUUAGUUAGACUUAAUACACAUUUUACCCACUAAGUUGUAACACUUUUUCAUGGCAAUGGAACAUUAUGGUGUUCUUAAUAAAAUGUAUAACAAAAACAUUUUCAAUAUUAUAAUUUCCUAUAAACUGACAAUACAAUUUUUAUUCAAAAUGGUCAAAGGGCGGGAUGUAGCACAGUUGUAAAGCACUCACUUGA